CGGGUCCUGCAGCGGCCUCCGCCCUUCGCAGGCGGCCCAGGCAGCCCCGUCUCGCCCCAGCGUUAGGAGACGCGCAGCGGAACCCCGGCGGUCCUAGCCCCUCCCCGCCUCCGCAUCCCCGUACGACCCGCCUCUCAGAUCCCGGCCGGGGCUCCCGGGCGCGCCGCGGCGGGGCGGGGCCUUCUGGCAGUUACUGGGCGCUGCGAACGCGCCGCUCCGGAGCUCGGCGGCCAGAAACGCCGGCUUCGGAGCCGCAGCGCUUUGGCCUCUCCGUGUUUUCCGUCCAGUCUGCGCCGCCCGCGCCGACAUGGCCAAGUGGGGCCAGGGGGACCUGCGCUGGAUCGUGUAGGAGCGGGAGGACGGGACCAACGUGAACAACUGGCAUUGGACAGAGCGGGAUGCCACCAGCUGGUCCAAAGGGAAGUUCCAGGAGCUCCUGGUGGGCAUCGUUGUGGAGAAUGACGUUGGUCGCGACGAGAUCAGCGAGUUGAAGCAGGUGGAAGGGGAGGCUUCGUGCAGUAGUCGCAAAGGAAAGCUGAUUUUCUUCUAUGAGUGGUACAUCAAACUGGGCUGGAAAGGCAUCGUUAAAGAAUCUGGAGUGAAGCACAAGGGAUUGAUUGAAAUACCCAGUCUUUCUGAGGAAAAUUAAGUAGAUGACACUGAGGUGAACGUGAGUAAAAAGAAAGGAGAUGGGGAUAUACUGAAGGAUCUUAUGAAAACUGCAGGCACCGCCAAGGUCAGGCAGGCCCUUGGAGAUUACCUGAAGGCACUUAAGAUGGAAUUUACAACGGGAAUGAUUUUACCAGCGAAAGCUAUGGCAGCCCAGGAAUUGACUGUCAAAAGAAAACCGAGUGAGAAUACCCUGCAGGUUCAGGCCUCAUCUCCAGUGGCACUGGGUGUAAGGAUUCCCACUGUGGCUCUUCACAUGAUGGAACUGUUUGACACAACUGUAGAGCAGCUGUAUAGCAUCUUCACUGUGAAGGAUUUGGUGCAAAAGUUUUCUAAAUCUACUGCUGUAUUAGAAGCUGAAAAGGGAGGGAAAUUCCAGAUGUUUGAUGGGAACAUCACUGGUGAAUAUCUAGAAUUGUUAACAAAUAAGAAGAUCGUCAUGAAAUGGAGAUGUAGGAACUGGCCAGAAGAACACUAUGCCACGGUUGCACUGAAUUUUGUGCCUACUCUAGGGCAAAUGGAAUUACAAUUGGACUGUAAAGGAGUUCCUGUCUGUAAAGAAGAGAACAUGAAAUUCUGUUGGCAGAAGCAGCAUUUUGAAGAAAUAAAAGGUUUACUGCAGCUGACCCCCCUAAAUGGUUGAAUUAAAAUUUUGUAAGGCAUUACUUUUUGUACGCAGAAGUGUCACAUUGACCUCUUCGCUAUAUACUUUUUUUUUUUAAAAAGGACCAUCUUUAUUUUAUAUUGGAUGAAAUCUGUGAACGUACACACAAU